AUGAAGUUUUGUUUCCAGAUCAUAACAUUUUUUUUGUUAUGCUUGAAAACCAAUGCAAUUAACGUUGGUUCUUGUGAGAUAGAUAAUGUCAAUAGUGGAUUCAAUGUGGAAUAUUAUAACGUAUCAUACCAUGAUUGUGGUCCAGGAAGUUCCUCGGAUUCUCAGCUUUGCCCUGCUUACCUUCAAAAUGACUUUGAAAGUGAACUAUCACCAUCUUUAACUAUUGAAGGUGUCCGGAAUCUCACAUUCGAGUUUGCCCCAAGUGCAACUGAUACAGCUCUUAAUAGUGGUGAUCCAGUUUACAAAUCACUUUAUGGAAAAAUUGUCAACGUUCAAAGUUUUGGGUUAAGAAUCACCGGUUAUUUCUAUGCCCCUCAAUCAGGUGAGUACCAAUUUACAAUCACAGGUAUUGAUGACGCUGUUGUUUUCUAUUUUGGGGGAAGAGAGGGCUAUGACUGUUGUCAACCAAUUUCCCAACUGGUUGGAAAUACCCCUGCUAUUGUGGCCUCAUACCCGGCCGGUACAACAACUUAUACUGUAACAUUGGAAGAAGGGUAUUAUCCAAUGAAAUUACUUUAUAUCAAUUGGGGUCAUAUCUCGCAUUUACAAUUUCAAGUUGUCUAUCCAGACGGUACGGUGGUAACUUCUGACGAUAUGCCAGCCUCUGCUCCGCAAGAAAAUUCACAGUGUGUUGUUCAAACUACCACCAUUACAUCAACUUGGACCGAAACAUUUGGAACAACUUAUACUGUAACACCAACUGGAACUGGUAACGUCACUGCAACUGUCAUUGUUGACGUUCCUCCUAUACCCACCACAACCAUCACAAGCGGUUCAGUACCAACUAGUUACUUGACUACUAUUACCACCGGUUCAGUUCCUGUUACUGAAUAUGUUGUCAUCACUCCUACUCCUGAUAUUCCAACUACUACUAUCACCAGUGGUUCAGUACCAACGAGUUACUUGACUACUAUUACCACCGGUUCAGUUCCAGUUACUGAAUAUGUUGUCAUCACUCCUACUCCUGAUAUUCCAACUACAACAAUCACCAGUGGUUCAGUACCAACGAGU